AUGUCAAAACUGUGUGGUUUGAACGUAGUUCAGCUAAGAGAAGAACUACAGAAACGAAGCCUUGUCACAAGUGGCAACAAAGAAGUACUAGUAGCACGUCAGAUAGAAGCUCUCAUUGACGAAGGUAAGAACCCAGACGAAUUCAAGUUUGAUGGUGCUGACGAAGACAAUGAAAUUAGCACAGGCACGUUUACAACCGCUAAAAUGAUGGAACUUCUGCUUAGUAUGUCAAUUGAAAUAAAACAGAUCAAAGAACAGUCAGAACGACAGUCCGAACGACAGACAGAAGAGUUUAAACAACAGUCCGAACGACAGACAGAAGAGUUAAAACAACAGAUCAAGGAACAGUCCGAACGACAGACAGAGGAGUUCAAAAAGGUCAAGGACCAGCUAAAACACGUAAAAUUGGAAGUGGCAGAACAGAUUGAAGAACAGUCAACAAGAUUAGAAAUGAUCGAGCAGAAACUUGAUCGUCAGACCGUUGAGGUAGAUCACGAGAUAGACAAAUUGAAGCGAGAAUUGGAGCAAUCCAAAAAAAUGACCAUGCCGUUAGAUCAAGCAUCCGGAAGAACUUUGAAGGUACCAGCAUUUGACGGAGAGAUGCCCUGGAACGUUUAUAAAACCCAGUUCGAAGCAGCGGCAACUAGUAACUGUUGGAACGGAAAAGAACGAGCAACAGCACUGAUACUGGCUCUGCGAGGUUCAGCAGCAGAGGUUCUUCAGACGAUUCCGGCGGAGAACCACUUCAACUAUGAAGUUCUGCAGCUGGCACAAGACAUCGAACGGUUGACAUUGCUGUCGUAUCCAACAUCAGACCCCGAGCAUAGAGACGAAACUGCCCUGGAUACGUUUAUCAAAUCCCUUCGUGAUUCGGAACUCAAGCAAUCCCUUCUCUUGUCAGAUAAACGAAAACUCAAGGAUGCCGUUGCGCAAAGUCUCACUUUUGAAUCGGCAAAAAGUGACGUACGUCUACGCCAAGUACAUGAAGAAUGCUCUUGCCAGAAGGUGAUUGUGAAAUGCGAACCCCAACAGCAUGGUGUACCCCAAUGCUGGAUUUGUGGUGAAAAAGGCCAUCUACGUCGUGAUUGUAAACACCGCCAAAAAGAUAACUACUGCCGAAAUUGCGCGACAAGAUGGCGCAAAAGAAGAAAAGAUGAUCCUGUAUCACGAUCGGCCCCUUCUAACGAAGAGGCGGAAAAACUAAUAAGAGCCAACUUUGUGGGGCAGAGGUUGGCUAGUAGAAUUGACGCCCCCAGUACCGUAAUUAACGUUUCCAGAUUACAUCGAAAUAGAAACGACCUAUGGCUGAACGGAAAACUACCGAUUGCCCGCCUGUUUGUUUAUGAACAUGUUGUGUGCAUGUUUGAGGGCUGGAAAAACGUGAAACGUCUAACGCAAUAUUUGCACAAACUUUCAACUCAACCGCCAAUCGAUGAGAGUGUGGAAUGCGAAUGGAAUGUGGAUGGAUGUUCAUUGAAUUUUGUGGCUCCGUCCGAAAGGCCGAUGAACGCGACUACGUGUAGCAUGUUCGUGUGCUACAUAGAUGUGAAUUACGUUGGAUAUGUACGUACCAGAUGCCACCGUGCUACAAGCUAG